AUGGCCACACGUACGCUUAGUGCUAUUGAUUACGUUAUCCUUGUGAUACUCUUACUCUUAUCAUCAGUCAUUGGCAUCAUUUUCGGAUUUUUCAAAUCGAAGAAAAGUUCUGCGAAAGAAUUUCUUCUUGCGGAUGGUAACAUGGCCGUCUUUCCAACAGCAUUGAGCAUUUCAGUUUCAUUUCUCUCUGCAAUUACGCUGUUAGGUACUCCGAGUGAAGUUUAUCUAUUUGGCACCAUGUACUUGUACCAAGCCAUUUCAAUAACAGUCGCAUCGAUCGUAGCUGCAUUGGUAUUUAUGCCGAAGUUUCGCGAGAUGAAUUUUACCAGUGCUUAUGAAUAUUUAGAGCAACGUUUCGAUCGAACCGUGCGUAUCUGUGUAUCAAUAACAUUUUCAUUAAUCAUGAUCAUUUAUAUGGCUAUUGUAUUGUAUGCACCAGCAUUGGCAUUGAAUCAAACAACUGGUCUGAAUAUAUGGCUUUGUGUUGUUUCAAUCGGUGUUAUUUGUACUUUUUAUUCAUCAUUGGGCGGAAUGAAAGCGGUCAUUUGGACAGAUGUUCUACAAGCAGCUAUUAUUCUAGUUGGACUCUUAGCUACCAUUAUUCAAGGUUUGAUUUCGCUCGGUGGUAUCAAACGAACUUUUUCCAUUGCAUCUCAAGGUCAACGCCUUGUGUUCGACAAUAUCAGUCCUGAUCCACGUGCUCGACUUACUAUCUGGUCAGUACUUAUUGGUGGUUCGUUCAACUGGUUAUCUACAUACGGAUUUAACCAAACACUCAUACAACGAUAUAUUUGUGUUCGCUCGACACGCGGUGCUAAACAGGCUCUGUUUAUCAAUGCGUUUACUAGUGCAUUAGUUCUUAUUAUGUCAAGUUUCAUCGGUAUUAUGAUCUAUGCCUAUUAUGCUAACUGUGAUCCAUAUACAGCGAAAAAGAUUGAUGAUUUGGAUCAAAUUUUUCCAUAUUUUGUCAUGGAAAUAUUAGGUGAUAAGGCAGGACUACCCGGUGUCUUCCUUGCUUGCAUAUUUUCUGGUUCUCUUUCAACAGUUUCGUCUGGUUUGAAUAGUCUAGCAGCCGUAUUAAUUGAAGAUAUUUAUAAAGGACUACUCGGUCGACAAUUAACGGAUCAGAGACAAGGCUUCAUAGCAAAGAUAGUUUCAGUUAUACUUGGCGCUGUUGUUAUGUUACUCACUUAUGUAGUUAGUUAUUUAGGAAUGAUUCUUAAUGCAGUUCUCUCACUAUUCGGCGUCCUUGAAGGUCCGAUUAUGGGGGUCUUCAUACUUGGACUUUUCUUUCCGAGAGCCAAUCGACGAGGAGGCCUUGCUGGAUUUCUAACAAGUCUAACAUUUUUACUAUGGAUUUUCUUAGGCGCUCAAAUAACAAAAAAUCAAAUGACAGAUGUAAGUUUACCAUUAUCAAUCGUGAAUUGUACUUCAUCAAAUGAUACAAACGAACGAAUUGUGUUCAAUUGGACUACAACAAGCGAUCCUGUCAAACGCGAUCCGCUGAUCGAUCUGUAUUCGAUAAGUUAUCUUUGGUAUACGCCCAUUGCAGUCAGUACCGUCAUACUAAUUGGUAUGAUUGUUUCCUAUUUAACCGGACCACGUCAGCCACAUGAAAUUGAUCCAAAGUUGAUUAUCUCAUUGAAUACCAUUUGCGCUUGUUGCUUGCCAAGACAACACAGUACGAAGAAGGAUGAUACAGAAGUAGAAAUGACGGUGUCGAGUUUACCUAACGCAACGGAAAAACGCCUUUCAACGCAAUCCAUUCGUUCAAAUUCAAGCUCAUUGAAGCGAUCGAAUAAAAUAGCGCCUGAACCAACUAUUCAUUCAUCAACAACGAAAGCAGUUGAGCGAAAUGGUAUCAAUACACUUGUUGGAGAGGAAGUUUCAAAGCUAACUGAAUAA